AAAAAUAAGUAUCAAAAUUGAGUGGGUGAAGAAAAAGAAAAAUAAUGUGAAGUGCAUUGCUCCAAACUGUCAAUCCGACUACCAUCCGAUUCGUGAUGAAGAAAAAUCCAUUUUUUCAAAGUGCUUCAAAAUUUAGUUGAUAAAUAUCAGAAAACAAUAAAUACGGAUAUUGUCUGAAAAAGGGAAGUGAAGGAUCCUACUAGAAACUUUAUAGCAUCAAAAUGAGUGACUUGAAUGAAACUGGAUUGAUGUACUUGUGGGGACAUUUAAAGAACCAUCCGAAAUGCCCACAUGGUCCAACUUUAUUAUUCGGCAAGUAUGUUGAUGGUGAAUUGAAGAAAUUUCAUGCUUGUUCCGCAAUGAGAGAUUUCGGACUAUGUAAUUCCUUCCCGCAACCAAAUGACAAAGUACUUAAACGUCAGUUGAAUUUUCAAAAUGUGUAUGAGAAAAAAGGGUUGACCACUUAUGAUCAUAAAAAAUUGUAUCUCCGCUUAAAUCAAUUUAUGUCUAGUCAGACUGUUAAUAGAAUUUAUUGCCAUACUUGCAAUAUACUUAUUUCAUGUUCAGAAAAAAUAAAACAUAAAAAUCAUGAUUUACACAAUUUUUUGACGAAUUAUCAAAUGACUCACCCUACUGAAUUUUUAAAACCACUAAGUAAUGCAAAGAAAGAAGCUCAAUAUUUCUUUUCGGAAAAAACUACUGAGGAUAUAGCCCAAAUAUUACUGAGACUGAAAGCUAAACAUGUCUUAUGCAUUGGCGUACCUCGAUUGUACGAGUACAUUUUACAUCAUUAUGAAAAUGAAAUCACAUGCCUUCUUUUGGAUUUUGAUGCAAGAUUUCACAAUUUUUUUGGACCACUAGAAUACGCCUGGUAUAAUUUAUUCAACCACCAUUUCUUUAACAAUGAGUCGAAAAAAAUAUUUAAGGACUUUCUCACUCAAGGUGGUGGUAAGGAUAUAUACUUGGUAUGUGAUCCUCCAUUUGGUGGCCGUGUGGAACCAAUGUCGCAGACCAUUAAAACUAUCUAUGAGAAUCAUAAAAAGUGGAACAACUUGCACAGCAUCGAUGAUGAACUAAAAAUUCUGUUCGUUUUUCCUUAUUUUAUGGAAUCAGUGAUUAAAAUGAAAUCUAAUCCUCCUGGAAUCACUGGAGGUUUAAGUGCCUUAGAAAUGACCGACUAUAAAGUGGAAUAUGAUAAUCAUCCUAUCUUUCAUGGAAAGUCGAUUGCUAAGAAGCGAAGAUCACCUGUUCGCAUCUUUACGAACGUUAAAUCAAGUUUAAUAAUAUUGCCAAAAUCCGACGGUUACAAAUAUUGCAGAAUAUGUCAACGAUGGGUUGGACCAGAAAAUAUCCAUUGCAAAAAAUGUGAGAAAUGUACUUCUAAAGAUGGUAGUCAAUAUAAGCACUGUGAUGUCUGUGAGCGAUGUGUUAAAAGUUCCUGGGAUCAUUGUGACGUUUGUAAACGAUGUACAUUAAAAACACACCAGUGUCAUAAACAGACAAAAAUUGGCGGCAAAUGCUUUCAAUGUUACGAAAAUGGUCACGUUGGAAAAGAUUGCAAAAAGAAAAAUUUCAUCCUGCCAAAAUCAAUGGAACUUCCGAUGAAAAAGAAGAAAUUCAACUAAUUACAUUGUUUUAAUUGAAAGGAGAUAAAAAAUUUCCCGGAAGCUUCCGUCUUUCUAACGAGCAUGAGGAUUUACGUUUUUGUUUAUUAUUAAAUACUUAUGACAAUAAUUAUAAUUAUGUGUACUUUUGAAUGUAUAGUAAAUUUCAAAAACAAUAUAAAAAAGUGAAUGUGCAUUUUAAUAUUUCGCUUCACUUAUGGCACAUUAUUUUUUAAGUGUCCUCACACAUAAAUACCAAAGGUAUGUAAAUGAAUUUUGACAGGUGCUUGGACAGAGUUUACCAAAUUAUUGUUUGUUUUCGUGGAAAAAUGAAAUUGAUAUUUGACCUUUA